AUGACCAUCCAUCGCACCACCUUUUUCAACAUCCCCAAGCCAGAGGAUAUCGACAUUCUCUUGGCUGAAUAUCGUCACCUCGCCCAGGAGGCAAAAAGGAACUCAGAGCCCUAUAUCCUCUCUGUUCAAGCCGGCCGUACUCUACCAGACCUACGAAACAAUGGCUACACGCUAGCCGUUAAGACAACUUUCCGCAAUCUGGAUGAUAUGAACUUUUACGAUUCUGGCUGUGAGGCACACAAGCGUCUGAAGUCGGUGGCAGCCCCGCUCAGACAGGGCAAUGUAUUUACAGCGUAUUUCAAGGAUGAGGUGGCUCUAGUUUAG